AUGGAUAGACUUUACUUCCAAGGAGAAGAAAGAGAAGGUGGCACGUCGGUCAUGGCUAAUGAUAGCCUCAAUGCGGAAGGCCAAGCAAAGGUGGACAACUCGGAGCUGUCCCUAAGGGUAGCGAUGGCCUCUUUGUUGCUCCUCCUCAUCCUCUCCACCUUGUUGGGUAACACGCUGGUGUGCAUGGCAGUGGUCAAAUUCAGGCACCUGCGCUCAAAAGUCACCAACUUCUUUGUCAUCUCCUUGGCUGUUUCUGACCUCUUUGUGGCUGUGCUUGUGAUGCCCUGGAAGGCGGUGGCCGAAGUGGUUGGUUUCUGGCCCUUUGGGGCCUUCUGUGACAUCUGGGUGGCCUUUGACAUCAUGUGCUCCACAGCAUCAAUCCUCAACCUUUGCAUUAUCAGCAUGGACCGCUACUGGGCCAUCUCCAGCCCCUUCCGCUAUGAGCGAAAGAUGACCCAGCGGGUGGCUUUCAUCAUGAUUGGGGUGGCCUGGAUGCUCUCUGUCUUGAUCUCAUUCAUACCUGUCCAGCUGAGGUGGCACAAAGCCAGUGAGCUUCUUCUUGACCAUGAGAUGGAUUCUAACAUCACCUGGAUCCCAGGAGAAAACUGUGACUCCAGCCUCAACAGGACCUAUGCUAUCUCCUCCUCCCUCAUCAGCUUCUAUAUUCCUGUUGCUAUCAUGAUAGUGACAUAUACCAGGAUCUUCCUCAUUGCUCAGCGACAGAUACGGAGGAUCUCUUCUCUAGAGAGGGCUGUGGAGCAUGCCCAGAGCUGCCAAAGUAAUGAAUGUCCCCAUGAAAUCUCCUUGAAGAACUCCUUCAAAAAGGAAACCAAGGUCCUCAAGACCCUCUCUGUCAUCAUGGGAGUCUUUGUCUUCUGCUGGCUUCCUUUCUUUGUGCUGAACUGCAUGGUCCCCUUCUGUGACCACCAUUUGCAGAAGCUUGGGAAACUGCCCUGUGUCAAUGACACCAUCUUCAACGUCUUUGUCUGGUUUGGCUGGGCCAACUCCUCCCUCAACCCUAUCAUCUAUGCCUUCAAUGCUGAUUUCCGAAGAGCCUUUGCCACCAUCUUGGGCUGUGGCCGCUUCUGCCCCAGCAAUGCUGUGGAGGCCGUCAACUUCAGCAAUGAGCUGGUUUCGUACCAUCAUGACACUACUUGCCAGAAAGACCUAGUGGCUUUGAGCUACUCCCACCUUCUCCCCCACACCACCGGCCUCCAAGGCGAGGACAACGACAACGGCCUUGUGUUCGACAAAGUCUCCCAAACCUCUUGUGAUAACAACGCAGCCGUCUUGUCUGCCAUGGUGCACAUGGAAUAUGAGACUGAUAUAUCGCUCGAGAAGACCAGUCCCUUUUCUUCUAAUAUAGUGGACUGA